GAAAUAAUACCGACUACCGAAUGAAUUUUUGAAAAUACUAUUUUGUAGUUUGUAUUUUUUACAAAAUAAAUUGCUAACAUUAUCUGCAAUAAAAAGAUCAUCUCCAAAAUGCCUCUUAUGGAUGAAAAAGAUGCUGAAAUAUACUUUAGCGAAGAAGACCUACCUUAUGAAGAAGAGAUUCUCAGAAAUCCAUUUUCAGUAAAGCAUUGGCUUAGAUAUAUUGAGCAUAAAAAAGGUGCUCCUAAAAAUGAGAUUAAUUUAAUCUAUGAAAGAGCACUCAAAGAGCUUCCUGGAUCAUUUAAACUUUGGUAUAAUUAUCUAAAAGUGAGGAGAAAUCAAAUAAGAGGUCGUUGUAUUACAGAUCCAUCAUAUGAAGAUGUCAAUAACUGCUUUGAAAGGUCAUUAGUUUUUAUGCAUAAAAUGCCCAGAAUAUGGAUGGAUUAUUGCAGUUUUUUAACUGAUCAGUGUAAAAUAACAGCAACUCGUAAAGCAUUUGACAGUGCAUUGAGGGCCCUGCCAAUAACUCAGCAUCAUAGAAUUUGGCCCCUCUAUCUUGGUUUUCUGAAAAAGCAUAAUAUUCCUGAAACAGCAGUUCGAGUUUUCAGAAGGUAUUUAAAAUUGUCACCUGAAGAUACUGAAGAAUAUAUUGACUAUUUAAUAUCUAUUGAUAAGUUAGAUGAAGCUGCUGUUAAAUUAGCUCAAAUUGUGAACAAUGAAAACUUUCAAUCCAAACAUGGCAAAUCUAACCAUCAACUUUGGAAUGAACUAUGUGAGUUAAUUUCAAAAAAUCCAGAUAAAAUUCACACACUAAAUGUAGAUGCCAUAAUUAGAGGGGGACUAAGACGCUACACAGACCAGCUAGGUCACUUAUGGAAUUCUUUAGCUGAUUAUUAUGUAAGGAGUGGUCUCUUUGAAAGAGCUAGAGAUAUUUACGAAGAAGCUAUACAAACAGUCACUACUGUGCGUGAUUUUACACAAGUAUUUGAUGCAUAUGCACAGUUUGAAGAGUUGAGUUUAAGCAAGAAAAUGGAAGAAGUUGCUAAGAAGCCUCAUCCAAGUGAAGAUGAUGAUAUAGACUUAGAAUUAAGGUUAGCUAGAUUUGAGUAUCUAAUGGAGCGUAGAUUACUGCUUCUUAACUCUGUACUUUUAAGACAAAAUCCACAUAAUGUAGCAGAAUGGCAUAAAAGAGUUAAACUGUAUGAAGGAAAACCUAAUGAAAUAAUUGAUACUUAUACUGAAGCAGUUCAAACUGUAGAUCCAAAGUUGGCUGUAGGUAAGUUACAUACCCUUUGGGUGGGUUUUGCAAAAUUUUAUGAAAACAAUGAACAAAUAGAAGAUGCCAGAUUAAUUUUUGAAAAAGCUACGCAAGUCAGUUAUGUAAAAGUUGAAGAUCUGGCUUCUGUAUGGUGUGAAUGGGCAGAAAUGGAAAUUAGACAUGAAAAUUAUGAAGAUGCAUUAAAAUUAAUGCAACGUGCUACUGUUCUACCUAGUAGAAAAGUUGCUUACCAUGAUGAAAAUGAAACAGUCCAAAUGAGGCUUUAUAAGUCAUUAAAAGUGUGGUCAAUGUAUGCAGAUUUGGAAGAAAGUUUUGGAACAUAUAAAUCAUGUAAAGCUGUUUAUGACCACAUUAUUGAUUUAAAAAUAGCUACACCUCAAAUAAUAAUCAAUUAUGGUUUAUUCUUAGAAGAACAUAAUUAUUUUGAAGAAGCUUUUAGAGCAUAUGAAAAAGGGAUUGCUCUUUUUAAAUGGCCAAAUGUUUAUGACAUAUGGAACACCUAUUUAACAAAAUUUUUAAAAAGGUAUGGUGGAAGCAAACUUGAAAGAGCAAGAGAUCUAUUUGAGCAAUGUUUGGAACACUGUCCUCCAGAAUUUGCUAAAUCAAUUUUCUUACUUUAUGCCAAACUGGAAGAAGAACAUGGAUUAGCUAGGCAUGCAAUGUCUGUGUAUGAACGUGCCACUACAGCUGUUCUUCCUGAACAAAUGUUUGAAAUGUUUAAUAUAUAUAUUAAAAAAGCUGCAGAAAUAUAUGGUGUACCAAAAACAAGACAAAUUUAUGAAAAAGCAAUUGAAACAUUAUCUGAGGAAAACUCUAGAGAAAUGUGUAUUCGUUUUUCUGAAAUGGAGACACGUCUUGGUGAAAUUGACAGGGCCAGAGCAAUAUAUGCCCAUUGUAGUCAAAUGUGUGAUCCAAGAAUAACCGCAGAUUUCUGGAACACUUGGAAAGAAUUUGAAGUAAGGCAUGGCAAUGAGGACACUAUGAGAGAAAUGUUACGUAUAAAGAGAAGUGUACAAGCCACUUACAAUACACAAGUAAAUAUGAUGUCAGCACAAAUGUUAGGCUCAUCAACACAGGCUGCCGGUACAGUAUCUGAUCUAGCUCCAGGUAUGAAAGAUGGUAUGAGAUUACUGGAAGCUAAAGCUGCAGAAAUGGCAGUUCACAAUAAAGGUAACAUUAUGUUUGUUAGGGGAGAAACACAAGGUCUUAAGGAGAGUGCUGAUAAGGUGGUUAAUCCAGAUGAAAUAGACAUUGAUGAAGAAUCUGAUAACAGUGGAGAUGAAGAUGGCCCAAUUGAUCCAGUUGAAAAGAAAGAAAUUCCAGCUGCUGUAUUUGGAGGCCUGUUGCCAGAAAAAGAGUAAGGCAAAAAAUCUGUGUGAAUACAAAACAAUUUGAAAGUUAUAUUAUUAUUAGAGCAUAUUAUGUGUUAGCAAUAAUAUAUGGUGCAUAAUGAACUGUAUGUACAUCAUUUGUUUCAAAAAUGAUUUUUGGUAAAAUAUCUUCAAUAAAUACAAUUGAACAAG